UAGUCCCGCCCACCGAGCGGAUCAAGUUUGAAUGAACAACAGCAGUCUGUUCUGGAGGUGCUAGUUGCAUUUGCAGUAAUUAUUAAAAAGUGUGUAUCAUAGCAGUGGUGCGUCGAUCCAGGAUGGAUAUGAAGAAAAGAAUUCAUCUAGAGUUGCGGAACCGCACUCCGUCAGACGUCAAAGAACUCGUGCUAGACAACUGUCGCUCGAAUGAAGGAAAGAUUGAGGGACUAACAGACGAAUUUGAGGAGCUGGAAUUUCUUAGCACAAUCAACGUUGGACUGACGACAGUCGCCCACUUGCCCAAGUUAAAUAAACUCAAAAAGCUUGAACUCAGCGAUAACAGGAUCUCAGGAGGGUUGGAAGUUCUGGCAGCCAAAUGCCCCAACCUCACAAAUCUCAACCUCAGCGGAAACAAAAUCAAAGACCUCAGCACAAUAGAACCAUUGAAAGAAUUGGCCACCCUGAAAAGCUUAGAUCUGUUUAACUGUGAAGUGACAAACCUGAACGAAUACAGAGACAACGUGUUCAAGCUACUACCGCAGCUCACGUACCUGGACGGAUACGACAAAGACGACAAAGAGGCUCCAGAUUCUGACACUGAGGUUUACCCUGAGGGCCUGGAUGACGAUGAGGAUGAUGAUGAUGAUGAGGAGGAGUAUGAUGAAGACACAGCACCAGGAGAUGAGGAGGAGGAGGAAGGAGAGGAAGAUGAAGAGGAGAAUGAAGAAGAGGAGGACCUCAGUGGAGAGGAGGAAGAGGAGGAAGAUUUGAAUGACAAAGAGGUUGAUGAUGAAGAUGAUGAAGAAGAAGAGCGGGGUCAGAAGAGAAAAAGGGAGCUCGACGAAGAAGGGGAGGAAGAUGAAGACGAUUGAGAGUCCUCUUGAAGCUAAGUUGUGAACUGUUUAAAUAAUUGUAUCUCCCAGUCACUUCCCAACAGCCCUAUGUAUUAUUCCCCCAGUUUCAUAUUGCAGUAGGAGUGGUUUUUUGUUAAUGGCCAGUCAGGUAGACGGGGUUGUUUGGAGAAACAAGCUAAAUUUAUGUAUCUUUGAUGCUCCCAUGUUCCAGUCUUUACGGUCCACUUUUAACUGCUUUGUGGACACCAAUUUUUGUAAUCACAAAAAACAGCAACGAUGAACCUUUUUAAGAAAUGUUGUUUUCUCACCGUUUGUGUAAGACCUGUUUCUGAUGACUUGUGUAUUUUGAGACCCCCUUCAAAAGAAAACGACAAAAUGAAACAAAAACAAAAAAAGAGUGCAUGUCUUAAUACAUUUUAAAGUCAACUACUGGAUUUCAUGUAUGGCUGUUCUCUCCUCGUCUUAAAUUAAUUUUUUUUUUUAAUUUUUUUUUUUUUUAAAUGUAAUUUAUGUAUUUGUAGUGUCACCAGUAAGCCAAUACUCUCUGCUGUCCUGGUGUGAAACUUGUGUCUGAACAUGCACAGUGUGACCCUCACAGGGCAUAUUUUUAACUCAUAGCAAAAAAAAAAAAAAAAAAAAAAAAAAUGUCUGCCCUUGUCGAAGCUGCUCCUCCUCCUUUAAACCCUCAGCUUUGAUAGUUCGGAAAUUACGUGUUCUUGUAAAUAAUGACCAAAUCUAUUUUUUUGUAUUCUCUUUGAUGACGGCAGACAUCUAACAGACAACUGAGGUGAAACUAUGAAUUGUAAUAAGAUAUUAAAUAUGUAUGCUGCUUUAUCUUAACAUACGCAGUGACAUUUCUUGAGAAUUUGAACAUAACUUUGUAUGCAUAAUCUUUCCAUAAAGAAAACUGUUCAGUGUCAGAGCUCAUUACCGCUUUCUCCAUGUUCAUUUCUGUGACACACACAGGUGGUGGCAUUGGCAACGCUUGACUUUGUGAUGGUAGAGUAGAGAAGUGCGUGAUAUAAAUGGAGGUUACAACAGAAACGUAUGUGCAUUGAAAAUUUAUUGUUUCAAAGUGUAAACUCUGGUAAAAGUCAGUUAUUUGGACUUUGCUUUCAUGAUUAUACCCAACGGUCAAAUUGGCCUACCUCAGUGAUUUUUCACUCCAUGUUAAAUCCACUGUCAUCAGCCAAAUUGUUUCUUUUUGUCCUCCCAUUCACUUCAAUAAAUCCCUUUUAUAUAUG